AUGACAAGACCAACUGAACUGAAUGAAAUUCAGAUGGAUCAUUAUGCCAAGACUCUACCUCUACCUCUACCAUCAUCGUCAUCAUCUCCAACUCCAAGAAGAAAGUGGCUUGUGUUGCUGCUGAUGAGGCUUGCAAUCUUGGACUUGGUUUUGUUCGCUACACUUGCAACAUCGCAGGGUGAUCAACAAGCCGCCAGCAUGCCAGCAGCAGCAGGUUUGGUCUGUAUCAGUGAGUGUGGAACUUGUCCUGUUAUAUGCUCACCGCCACCGCCACCACAAACACCAGAAUCAAAGCCACCACCAUCGCAUCCGGUUCACCACUCACCACCACCAGAAUCUUAUUACUCACCGCCACCACCACCGCCAUCUCCUCCACCGCCAUCUUAUAUUUCAUGGGGCUACUCCAAUCCCCCACCUCCUGCUUAUAAGAACUUUCCUUCUGGUAAGGCGCCUCCCAAUAUGGGACAGGGCAAUUACACCUAUCCUUAUUACUACUUCUAUGCAUCCAAAGCUACUUCUCUUUCUCUUCAUUCUUCCUUUAUCCUUAUGGUAUCACUGUCCUUUCUUAUUAUCAUGUUGGAUCUUCAAGUGCCAAACUGA